UCUGUCUGUAUCCCGAGGAAGGUUGGAGACUCCACAGCACAGCAGCGCUCGCUCUCACCAGCCCGUGCGCCUCUUCCCCUCUUGCUCUCUCUCGCUCGCUCGCUCUCUCUCUUCCCCCUCGCCGCUCUACUCUCCGCUCUGCUUCACUCCGCACCGCGUGGCCCGGCUCUCUGUUUACCCUGCCAGCUAAAUGGAGUUUGUCAGGUUCCAGUGUCAGUGGCUAUGAUGACACCUCAAGUGAUAACUCCACAACAAAUGCAGCAGAUUCUUCAGCAGCAAGUCCUGAGCCCUCAGCAGCUCCAGGUUCUUCUCCAGCAGCAACAGGCCCUCAUGUUACAGCAGCAGCAACUUCAAGAAUUCUACAAAAAGCAGCAGGAACAGCUCCACCUCCAGCUCCUACAGCAGCAGCAUGCAGGCAGCAAGCAGAAUAAAGAGGUGUCGGCCCAGCAGUUGGCCUUCCAGCAGCAGCUUCUGCAGGUCCAGCAGGUCCAGCAGCAGCACCUGCUCAACCUCCAGAGGCAAGGCCUGCUCACCAUCCAGCCAGGACAGACCGGCCUGCCACUGCACACGCUCACUCAGGGCAUGAUUCCAGCAGAGCUGCAACAACUGUGGAAAGAGGUGACUAAUGCUCAUGUGAAGGAAGAGCACAACAGUAGCAGCAACAACGGCCACCGAGGCCUUGACCUGUCCUCCCCGGCACCGCCAAAGAACCCCCUCCUCAACCAGCAUGCAGCCACCAACGGGCAGUACAUGAGUCACAAGAGAGAAGGGUCGACACUGGAAGAGCCUUCCCCCCACAGUCACCCUCUCUAUGGCCACGGCGUCUGCAAGUGGCCUGGAUGUGAGGCGGUUUUCGAUGAUUUCCAUUCAUUCCUUAAGCAUCUUAACAAUGAGCACGCCCUGGAUGACAGGAGCACGGCCCAGUGUCGGGUGCAAAUGCAGGUCGUACAACAGCUGGAGCUGCAGCUAGCAAAAGACAAAGAGCGUCUGCAAGCUAUGAUGACGCAUCUCCAUGUCAAGUCCACAGAGCCCAAAGCCGCCCCACAGCCGGAGGGCUGUUCGGCGGUUGUGAGCAUCAAACUGUCAUUUUUCAGUGCCGCGCGGGCCACCCAUCUUCCCUUCACCGCUCAACCCCUCAGUAGCAGUUUCCAUGCUGGCGAGCCACAGUCUGUAGAUGAGCUCAACCUUGUGUCCAAUGUCACACUGUCCAAGUCCGCCCCUGAGGCCUCUCCCCCUCUGAGCCUUCCCCAGACCCCCACCACACCCACAGCGCCCCUCACGCCCCUAUCCCAGACCCACUCCGUCAUCACAGCCAACAGCCUCCACAGCGUGGGCCCGAUGCGACGGCGAUACUCAGAAAAGUACAACAUGCCCAUCUCUCCAGAUAUCAGUCAGAACAAAGAGUUUUACAUGAAUGCAGACGUUAGACCGCCGUUCACGUACGCCUCACUAAUAAGACAGGGUGCCAUUCGCACCAACCUUUCCCUGCAUAAGUGCUUUGUGAGAGUAGAAGAUGAGUUUGGGUCCUUUUGGACCGUUGAUGAUGAGGAGUUUAAGCGCGGCCGACACGUGCAGCGCGGCCGGCCUCGGAAACUCGCCGCUGACGAGAACUUUGACGAGCUGCUCGUACAAAGUCCAGCCCUCGUGAAGAACAUUCAGACCAGCCUGGGCUAUGGUCCAACUCUCUCCGCUGCCUUCCAGGCUUCAAUGGCAGAAAACAGCAUACCUCUAUACACUACUGCUUCCAUUGGAAGUCCUACCCUCAACUCCCUGGCCAACGCCAUCCGUGAGGAGAUGAAUGGAGCGAUGGACCAUGGAAACAGCAACGGGAGUGACAGCAGCCCGGGACGCUCGCCCCUGCCAGCUAUGCAUCACAUCAGCGUUAAGGAGGAGCCUCUGGACCCCGAGGACCACGACGGGCCGCUCUCCUUGGUAACGACUGCCAAUCACAGUCCGGAUUUCGAUCACCACAGAGAUUACGACGACGACCACGGCCACGACGACAUGCUGUAAGGCCAAGCCCCGCCCCUCCCCAGCCCCCCGAGGCCGAGGCGGAGCGGGCCGCCUGGGAGACAGAGGCUCCGAGCAGAUAAAACUGACGCCGGCUCUCAAACGUCCCCAAGCCGACUUUUUAGUGCCAUUACAACACAUAAGAACCCACACACACCAGAGGGGAGAAACACCCACUGAGGGGGUUGUUGUUUUUUUUGGUUUGUUUGGGGAUCUCUUUCUACUCUCGAUUUCAGUAACACUUAAAAAGUGAAAAAUACGAACUCCAUUUGUACCGGUGUGUCGGACGGAUCCGUUUGGUACGGGGGGCGACGGGCUCGUGCUCAGACUGUGGGAGACCCUCGCUGCGCAGCCACCCCAGGCUGCACUCAGCAGACUGCAAACGGGGGUCGUGUCCCCCACUCACCUCACCCCCCUCCCCCCCAACUGCCCCCCCA